AUGAUAGACCACGUGCUUGGAAAACCUUCCGUGAAGUCGCGUAGACUUCAAGUACUUGCCGUCUUGACGUUUUGGUCAUUCUACCUAUUCAAAGGUCAUCGACAUGGGCCCCCACUUAUCCGAUACCUUUCGAAAAUAUCGUCGAGAAUAUUAACAACAUGGCAAACCGUCGUAUUGACCAUGAUGUAUCUAUACGCCGCUCGGAAUUUCAGUACUCUCGUCGGACUUGCUAGUCCGGAACCAAUGGCAAAUAUGUAUGAUGCAAAAUACUUCCGUGCGACAUGGGUCUUAACUGCACUUGACGCGGGGUUCUGGACAGCUAUGAAGCUGAAGAGAAAAUGGAUACGCGAUAUAGCCAGCCUCGUAUUUUCUCUCUUCUAUCUGGUAGCAGCGGAACGUGCAGACGAAAAGGUUAGAAAGGUUAGAGGAGCCUUGACUGUCGAUCAUCUACGAGUUAGUUGGAAUAAAGGAACCUCGCCGUAUUUACGGGCGGCUCAAAACCUGAUGCGACCUCGAUUUACACGAUGGCCACCACGAGCUAUUCGGAUACCUCGACCUAAUACUAGCGAUUACAAGGAACCUGUUUCCGGUUGGUUAUAUUAUGACGGACCUAUCUCCGACCUGGAACAUAUCAAUAAGAUGAUCCUAGACAUUCCCGGGGGUGGCUUUGUGGCUAUGGAUCCACGGUGUAACGACGAUAAGCUCUUUUCUUGGGCCGGAAAGACGGGUCUUCCGGUACUUAGUCUGGAUUACAAGAAAGCACCAGAGUUUCCAUACCCAUAUGCCCUGAAUGAAUGUUUCGAUGUGUAUACGACGAUAAUUAGAAGCAAAGGAAGAUGCAUAGGAAUGUCGGGGAUAGAGAUUCCGAAGGUGGUGGUCACUGGUGAUAGUGCUGGUGGUAAUCUUGCGACAGCUACGACUCUUAUGGUAAUCGAGAGUGCGACAAACCAGCGUCAAUCGUCGAUCCAAGCGGAGUUACCAGUACCUGCUGGCCUUGUACUUCUUUACCCCGGUUUAGAUAUGAACAUCGGCAACUGGAUGUCCGACGAACAAAUGUCUCUUAUCAAAGAUCGGCGGAUGCGAGUUACGAAUAAGGAUUACCUGCGUCGGAAAAGUAUGCAGUAUAACGAUCUUGUCGGUACUCCCCAUCAAUCCGAUGACGAAGACGAAGAACCUUCCGGACCAGUUGCCGGCACCAAAUUUUCCAAAUUGGAUAUUGCCGCAAAUGACGACGGCCUUCGUAGUCCUCAACCGGAAUAUUCCCAUGCUAACCGUCAAACAUGGACGAAAUCUCAACAAUCGAUUCCUAUCACCAAUGGAGAUACCAAGUCAAUAUCGCACAGACCCGAACCCAUGCGAACGCGUUUGGCUAUGGCAUCUAUGAUAUCCUAUUUCAACGAUCGCGUUUUGACCCCCGAAAUGAUGCGCGCAAUGAUCAUUUUGUAUGUCGGACCCCACAACCGACCCGACUUUUCGCAGGAUUAUCUAUUAUCUCCCAUAUUGGCACCUGAUUUCCUGUUGCGAAAAUUUCCCAAAACAUACUUUCUCACCGGCGAACGUGAUCCUUUGGUUGAUGAUACGGUCAUCUUCGCAGGGCGUUUACGUCGUGCAAAACAAGCCUUUCAUUCUCAGCGUAGCUCUCAAGGAAUGAAAGGUUUGGACGACAUUACGGACUUCGACGAAAAGGACGUCGCUGAAGUCGUUCUAAUCCCUGGCAUCAGUCAUGGUUUCACUCAAUUCCCAACUUUGUACCCACCUGCGUGGAAACUAAUCGAUCGCUGUGCGCGAUGGGCUGUAGAUCUAUUAAAUACCGCAGAAGCACGCACGAAAUUUGAACAGCAAACACAGUCGAAACGUCAUCACAUUCGUACCGAAUCUAGCGGCGAUGAAGAUAAACCACUCGAAAUAAAUAUGACGAAACUACGAUCGAGAACCACUAGCGACGAGAAUAAGGCGAAAUCAAAAAGUCCCGAACGAGAAGAAAGCGAUACUGACAAGCCAAAUGGAAAUACGAAGAAGAAAAGAUCAAAUGGAAGAUCCGGGUUUGGACAAAAAUCUAAAAGCUUUGUAAAGCUAGAUAGUUCCGACGAUUUACUUGGACGUCGUAUGCAAGGUCUUGCUGGUCCUUUGACCGGAGCACAUGAGGAAGAUUAA